CCCUGCACUUACUACGUGAAUGCCGCCCGGAAUGUGCCCAUUGACCACUGCAAUCAACGGGUAAGCCAGACACUUGCCAUAUACGGCAGUUUGAGGAAAGAGGAUUCUCGCUUUCACUACAGCAAUCAACAGGAAGUUUGGACAAAUUUUUACACCUCAUAUUUGCUUCUUCAUUCAACGCGUAUGACCCGUAUCUUUCGUCUGAGAUAGGAAGUUUGAAGAAAUUUUGACAUCCCAAAUUCACCUCUGCAUUCAACGCGGGUGACCUCUACUGAUCGUGUGAGAUAGGUGUGCAAUGGGGUUGAAAUGUGGUGGUUGCCACCGCAAUCAAUGGGUGAAUCGUUGAGUUACUGGAUUAGGAAGUUUGGAGCUGGGGUCGAACUUGGACUUGGACACCGGCCGACAACGCUAAUCACAGGAUUAAAUCAUUGCGAUUCUGUGCGGCACGGACAGUUGGUACUGUAA